UUUGUCCCAGCAGCCUACUCAGGAUUUGUGAAUGGAGAAGGGACCGACGUGACUGAAAAUGAAGUUUACCAUGAAAGAAACAGCAGGCGUGUGGGGACUGUCCAGCUCUUCCAGACCAGGGCAGGCUCCGAGUAUGAAGAAGAGAGAGACAGAGGGGUUACUUCCUCCGGGGAUUAUUUUAUUGAGCUCCCAAGAGUUGCUUUCUUGUCAAAACCACAAGAGCUGGUUACUCCAAAGAAAAAAGGGAAUGGGAAGAAAAGGAGAAAAGGCAAAGGCAUGGGGAAGAAGAGAGAUCCAUGCCUACAAAAGUAUAAGGACUUCUGUAUUCAUGGAGAAUGCAAAUACAUCAAAGAGCUGGGAGCUCCAUCCUGCAUAUGCCAGCCAGGAUACCAUGGAGAGAGAUGCCAUGGCCUUACCCUCCCUGUUGAGAAUCCCUCCACCAGUUAUGACCACACUACAGCAUUGGCUGUUGUGGCAGUGGUGCUGUCAUCCAUGUGUCUCAUUAUCAUCACUGCACUGCUGAUGCUCAGGUGUCACAAAAGGGGUGUUUAUGAUGUGGAAAAUGAAGAGAAAAUUAAGUUGGGCAUUGCUGUAAACCCUUGAUGGCGUUGGAGCCCUGCAAGGAUUCGGUGGUGAAGCAGUUCUGCCUUCAUGAAGAAACAAGACACAGUGACUAAAGUUCUAUUUAUUGGCCCUAUUUAAAAAUCAGUGGAGAGUUCGCUGGAGCGGAAGUGGCAUGUCUGUGUUUAGAGGUUGUCAUAUAAUUGCUUCACUAAAACAUGCAUCUCAGUGAAUAAGAUUUGAUGUCCUAAAGUGGAAGAAGUUACAGGAAAAAGAUGCUUUCUGCUGGAGACUUUAUUUACCAACAGAAUUGCUCAAGGACGCCUGGUUGAAUGCACUCAUGAAGAGAAGGAAAAAAAUGGACCUUGGCUUUCCAGCUUUAGUAGGGGCUGGGAAAUGAAGUAACUACAACCAAACACAAAUUUGGAUCCAUCAGAUGUACUCUGAGGAACUAACUGUGAAAGACGUCAACUCCAAGGAGACCUGAGUUCGGGGAUUUAUUAAAUUGGGGGUGGGGGGGCUAUUUAACAAAAUAUUUUUCAUUUUAAAUUAUAUAUUUAUUUUAGAUAUACUGUGUAUAGUAUUUAUUUAGGGUAUGAUCCUGCAGCCCUGAAAUCAGUGGGCAUUUUGCUAGAGUUAACAGUGGAUUGGCCCUUAACUUUUGUAAGUGCAAUGUAAUGGUCUAAUAAAUAACACUUUGUUACAAACUCUUAGACUGUUAAUACUGACUGGAAAAGCAGCUAGACCAUCUUAAUAUGACAAUUUGUAUCAAUGUGCCCUUGCUAACCUAUUGUCCGUGUAUGUUUCAUGUGGUAUUAUAAUGGCAAAGAUACAGACAGUAGGAGGCAAAUCUUAUAUGUGGAUGUGAAGCAUAAGCUACUAAUACCAGUGAAGAUAUUUCACAUUUGUCUUAAAAUAAAUUAGACCAGAGUUUGAUCCCAUGGGCCCCGUCCUGGUCCCAUAGAAUUGAACAGUAAAAUUCCAAUAGACUUCCAGCUUGGAGCUGUAAUAUGCCCAAAAUUGUACUACCCGAUCUGCACCGCAGACCCUGAUUCUCAGCAUUCAGACAUGGACCAGCAAUGCAGCCCCUCUCC